AGCAAUUGACACAGACACUAAAUUGAGGUAAAGCAAUAAAUAAACUAUAUAGGAAUAUUCGUGAGAUGAAAAUAUUAGCCAAAGAAAGAGAGACGAAGAAGGCGAUAGCAGUGUGGAGCAAUGCAAAGCAGAUUGAAUAACAUCAGUACCCCAACGGACAUUUUAUCAGCAGCCGAAACUGUUUUUGAAUUACAUGGCUCUUCAAAGUAAGCCGGAAAUAAAAUAAUAGACUCACAAAAUAAGCCUGACCUACCGCUAGAAACCUUCAACUUGCUGUUGGUCAACCAUCAAUGUCAAGAGAUCUGUCAUCUGAGAUUCAUUUGAGAUAGAUUUCAGAUCGUCAACUAAGACGACAAGAACGUCAAAGACAUGGCCGUAUGGGAUUGAUACUUUUGCCUGUCCAAAUAUUGGACGAAGAAUCAAAAAAAAAAAAAAAUAAUAGAAUAGCAAAAUAUUUUUUCAAAUUUCAAUAUUUAUUAUUAAUUUAAUAAUUAUGUGAAUUACAAAUGGUAAACUAUAUUGUGUAUACUGUAUUAUGCACAAACUAACUAGAGAUGCCAAAUCAUUUAUUGUGCUGAUAACAUUACUAUUAUUAUACUAGCACAUAUCUAAAUAUCUAGUAAUUAAUAAGAAAUAAAAACUUUUUCAUACAUAAGUUAGUCCGAUAGUGUAUAAUAGUAUUGUUUUGUUUGUUGUUUGGGAAACAAUUAAAUAAUGUCUGAAUCCAAGAAUGAUUCAAGUGUUUACGAGUUACUGACUCAAUUAUGCGUAAACACAGCGCAAAGUUAUUGUCAUCAAAACAAAACUAUUUCCGUAAGCGUUCUUGCAUCAAAAAUGAGAUCACAAUCGUACGAAAUAAUAUUAAAAAAAUCGUCGUCUUCUGUUCCUUUAUUAAGUCAAGAUCCUGUCUUAAAUUUGUUAUCAUGUUGCUUUAUAAUGCAACAAACUGCUACAAAUGUGAUCCAAUAUAAACAAGCUUCUGACUUAAAGACUGCUAUAGGAAUAGUAAAAAGAUUCACGGAUGAAAAGGAAAAUAAAGAUAACUUCUAUGAUGUUUUGAGACUCCUUGUAAAACUAUACAGUGCCAUUGAUAAAAAUGUACAUUCUAAACUAUAUGAGAGGCCAUUUUCAUUUGGAAUUCUUGAUAAAAUGCUUCCAAAGCCAAAAAAAGAGGAUUUUGGUUCACCAAAUCCAUACCCCUUUUACCCAUCUUAUAUAUUUGAAUUACCAUACAAACUAAGAAGCAAUGAAAAUAAUUUACAAAGAAAAAUCAGUUACCAAGACUAUUCUGUUACAACAUUUGAUUCAAAGUUAAAUAAUUUGGAUGCUAAUUCACAAUGUGCCGAAGUUAAAACAUUAUCAAGCCCCAUGUCUUUAUUAUCUAUAACAACAACAUCUGGUUCACCAUAUUCCAACAACAACAUAUUUAACUGCCCACGUUUGACAGAACCCAGAGAUAUCCAGAUUCCAAAGAUGUCUUCCAGUGAACCCAAGGUCUCCUUCAUAAGUUCAAGUACAGAGACAGUGCCUCAACGAAUGGAAAUAAAUGAAUCACCCAAUAUUUGGGAGAUUGCAAGUCAAAUAGAUAAAGACAUACCAGAUGAUAUAUGGGAACAUGUUUCACAACUCCGUCACAGGAAUGAAAGACAGCUGUUAGCCGCAUCGUCCAGAGAGAUGGCUCUGUGGAGGACAACUCAUAGUGAUGUUAUGAGGGACCUCGAUAUUAUGUCGGAAAAGCAAUUCAUAAGACAUAUCAUGUAUCUAUUAAUUGGGAUAGAGACAAAAUCAUUUCCAUACAACAAGGACACAAAGAACUUUUACAUGAAAAAGAACCUAGUUAUCGAAUGUGUAUCACAAGACCAUUUAAAUGGGUACAUGGCAACACUGUUGUUAGUUGGAACAUUCUAUAGAAGGUUGUAUGAUUUUGCAUUCAACCUUUCGAUUGAAGAUCAUUUUCAUAACAAAGGACUUGUUUUUGAGGCCGCUAGAGAUGUGGUAAGACAGUAUUUAUUAGAGUUUCGACUUAAAGCAACAGACAUUUUUGAGGAAUAUUAUAACACUCUAUCUGAGGAUCUCAAUUGUAUGCCAACUCUACUUCAAAUACUUCACCACGUGGAACCACUGCAAUAUGAAAUAGAGACGUUAGCGUCUGUAUAUAAGCUUAUCGAAGCAGAUUCCACACCGUUACCGAACGGUGCUGAGCUCAUGUCAUAUUUGUUCAAGGAAAUAUCUCUUGUAACUCACAAGAGAACCGCGCAGACAUUGUUCAAUUCAAUGUACAACAUCUGCAAAGUUUAUUUCAAAUUUAUUGAAAGGUUUAUAUUCGAAGGCGAGCUAGACGAUAGUUUUAAUGAGUUUUUCAUCAAAAAAGACAGUCAAUAUGUUAAUUGUCGAACGAAACGUUACUGGGAUAAAGGCUUUCACAUAACAUUAAGUGUUGCUGUGCCAGAAUUUUUGAGACCGUUGGCUUCUUUUAUAUUGCUGUGUGGGAAGUCCUUAAGAUUAUUAAAGCUGUGCAAUCCUACUGAUCCUUUAGUUCUAUUGAUAUCUUCGGAUCAUCCUUCAGUAAGAUGCUGCGCCAGUUUCUCAGAGCUGGAACGUGAGCAGCAAACCCUGGAAGUGUACAGAACGCGAUGUCGGUUCGUCAGCGGGGAGCCGGUGACCUUCGAUCAGAUCCUACUGAAGCGGGAGGCGGAGAGGAAGGCGUUCACGGAAAUGGCCUCUUUAAAACAGGCUGAGACUAUGGAGAAAAUUGUUGCUGAACGAAAACGCUUAGCUCAACUGAUAAUAGCGGAGAAACAGCAUUCAUUGCGAGUGCUUGAAGCCGCCAUGGCUGAGGCUAAGGCGGCUAAGAACAGGUCGACACAGCGCGCGAAGCAUCUCGCUAAUCUUGAAGCGGCUGCUGAACGAGCAACUGAAGAAGUUGAUUCCAGGCUGAAAGAAGAUGAAAGAAACAAAAUGUUAGAAUACUACUCUAAGUUGAAUAUGGAAGUAGAGAAAAGUAAAAUUCACACCGAAUGGAAAAUAAAAAGACUUCAGUUGGAUCAAUCGCGUAUGCAACUACUUUCUACCGAAGAAAGAAACUUAAAACGUGAAAAACUUGAGCUUGAACAUCAAAGGAAUGAUGUGAUGGCUAUGUCUAUUCAGAGUGACUUUAUAUCUGAAGAAGAUGGAGAUAGUGAUGAGAGAGAAGAAGAAAAUAACGAUGUUGUAGUAAAAGAUACUAAUACAGAAUUUAAUGAGAAUAGAACAAAAUCUCAAACAUCCUCCGUGGUGUUCAAUGCUUUUUGCAAUGCAGCAAAAAGCAUUUUUGGUGUUGGAAAGAAUAAAGACAAACGAUGCGACAAUUAUGUCGAGCUUGAUUCUCAAGGGAAUAUUGUAAGUGAUAAAACGACACAUGAAACAUCAAGCAACGUUAUAGGAUCGAAGUUGGACCAACAGUUUGAUAAUUUACAAUUUCUAGAAGCUCGAGUUGAGGCUAUCAAAAAUAAACAGAAAGUUAUGCAUCACGAAUUUGGUGCAACCGAUAGUGAAAAUAAUCAAAUAGAAACUCCAACUAUAUUAUUGAGUACUGUCGAUGAAGAAAAUAACUUUGAAACAGAAUCAACGCCUUCCACUGAGGCGAGACGCAAUAAAUUAAAAGUGCUCGGUACAGAAUUUGAUAUAGUUAAGGAAAAGGAAAAGAAAACUAUUGCCGAGCCUAGAACUGAAGCACAGAAAGAAGCAUUAAGAAACAAGUUAAAGGUAUUAGGCGUCGAAUAUAACUUGCCUGCUGAAAAUACACAGAAACGUGAACCAGCAAAUACAGCACAGGAAGAGGCUUUGCGAAAUAGAGAUAAAGUAUUGGCUUCUGAAUACGAGACAAGGUGCUCAAAAUCACAAGAUUAUAGGUUUCAAAAAGAAAACAAAAGCGACAUGACGAAACGGUCUGAGCUGCGAUUAAACUUAAAACCCUACAGUGAAUAUAAUGUAAAUAUUAAUACAGCAACUAGUGGUGCUAUAACGCCUGGAGAUUUAUUUACGGGGCUUGAUCUAGAAACACCAACAACUGCUGAAAUGCCAAUGGACUUGGCAACAGCUAGCGAUGUAUUUACACCGCGAAGUGAACAUAGCACUAACGCUCUAGCACAAACUAAACAAGAGAAGGAGUAUCUAUCGUCUAAAGGAUUUGAUUUCUCAUUAAUAGUCGACGAUGAAACUGCAAUUUCUACAGUUAUUUCCGACGGUCGUACCGAAAGUGACAAUUCACCUUCUAAGAGUACAGACAGCAAUUUGCGGCGUAUUAAAACAAAAACUUCUGUUUUUAAUAUUAUAGACGGAACGUACAAUCUAGAUAAUUUUGAUCCUUUUAAUGUAAAAAAUUGGGAGAAAUAUUCAAAGGACUAUUUUAACAGUCGAAUAGAAAUAGAUAUGACCUCGUCUUACACUCACCCAGCAGUUAUAAUGGAAGAAGUAAAGAAACGACCUUAUCAAAAUAUUUUCAAGCCAUUACUAAGCAAUGUCAGAAAGGAGGACAAAAUCAAUUGUAAUAAUAUAGCAACACUAACGGCAUGCUUACAAAGAUCUGUAAUGUUGCCAUUAACAUAUCAAUUAGAAGUUGUGAACAACUCAAUAGUGACGUAUUUCCUAGUAGAUUUGGAUAUGUACGAUCAUUUGAGAAGUUUGAAGGAUUAUUUUUUCUUGAUGGACGGGGAGUUUUCUAGAAGCAUUUGUCACAAUUUGUUCGCGAAACUCACGCAGACCUUGAAUCCUCAAGAGUUGCUAAACUUUUCAACAUUACACAAUAUCUUGGAUAAGGCAUUGGGAUCUUCUAUAUCACAUGUUCAUAAGUUCUCGGAGAACUUAUCGUUCAGUAUAAGCGAGUCACCGCUUAGUUUCCAGCACAGCUCGCCAGAUGUCCUACAAUGUCUUUCCUUGACGUACUCCGUUAACUGGCCGCUUAACAUCAUACUAUCACAGGAGGCUCUGUCGCGAUAUGCCAAAGUGUUUCAGUUUUUGAUCAAGAUGAGAAGGAUAUUUUGGGUAUUAAGUGAGGAUUUUCAGUCCCUGAAACUAGCUGUAAAAUUAUCUCGAGAACAUUCGAGAAAGCUCCUCAAAUCGCCGCAGUACAUAUCGCUCCAACUGUACCGCCACGUGAUGGCGUCGCUCGUUCGCGCGCUCGACAACUAUAUCGUCACCACGUGCAUACUCAGUUCGUGGACGGAGUUUGAGAAGGAUCUACGGAAAGCCCGCACUUUGGACGACUUGUAUGAAUGCCACGUGCUCUAUAUAAAGAAUGUUCUGUUCAGAUGUCUGCUAAACAAUCGAUCCACGCCCGUUAUGAAGCUGCUAAAUGAUAUAUUUACGGUCAUUUUGAAGUUUAGCCGAGUUUUGAACGCUGGGGAUUGGCAUUGCAUUGAAACAGCCAGCCAUUUCACACACACGAAUUACUUGCAACUCGAUGAAUUAUACCAUAUAUUCGAAAAACUCACCAAAUAUCUACACAAGGUGAUCACGAAACUGAUGGAGUGUGGAUAUCAGCGACAUCUAGUGGAGCUUCUAACAAUGGUCAACUUGAAUGGUUACUAUAACUCGGAUAAGACUAAGGCACUUAAUAGCAGUGUGCAAACUAAUUGAAUAUUUUAAACGCUUGUUCGCUGAGAGCUAUAUAAAUCAACUUUUAACGGUAAAACUGUAAGUUUAGAUAAGUCCUCACUAUGCGGUCCGUUAUUUAUUUUUAGGUUAGGUCGCUCAAGCUGCCUGUGCUUGACAACAGCUGCGUAAAUAAGCGAUGCCCGUGAUGAUGUAAUUCAGCGACAAUGCGAUAAUCAGCUCAUAAUGAAAUAAAAUUCAUUUAUUUCUGAUACCACGUUUAAGUGGUUGAAUUGUAUAUGAUUUAUAAGUAAUAUCCUUACGACCUUAGCCUUGCUUGGAUUUUUAAGAAUGUACAAAACUUGAACAAAAAAAAAACUAAUAGGAUAUCUGGAUUCGAACCGAGGUCUUCUGCUUUCCGGAUCACCCAAUGUCCCACCUGAGCUAUUAUAUAGUCUUGUAUAUACUGGCGAAAUUUACCUUUGUAUUCUAAUGUUAUUGUAGCUGUUUCUCAUUAAAACAUAUAAGAUAUGAUUUAUAACAAAAUGUUUUCAACUGUCGAAUAUGUGGAUCCUCGUUUAUGUCACAAUUUAAAGCAUUUUAAAUCAUACGAUAGUGAACCUUAACUUCAGUAUUUCCUCGCCAUUAAAGUGGAACUAUUAUCGCUUAUUAACUAGUCAAUAUAUUUUUAUAAUGUCAUUUAACAUAUUCUCAUAAAAAAGUUUUGGGUAAUGAAAUGAAAGUAAUAAUAUUAUUCAUUCAUUGAGGUAUAUUAAUGGUAGUGGAAACACAAAUUCAUUUGGAAAAUAGAUAGCAUGAACAUUAAAAAAAUUUAAAAUAUUGUCGGUUAGGCAUUAUCAAUGUUAUUACAAAAAAUAAUUUAAACAUGGCUUAGACACGUGUUUCGUUAAACAGUAUCUAACUAUUUAAGCGACGUCUAAGAUUGACGCUAAACAACAGAAAGACACGGAUUUUUAAUAGAUUUUUUUUAAAAGUGUUCAACACGUGUUUUACUUUUUGUAAUAACCGUAUAUAUUUAAGAAUGUGUUCUAAGCCUGCGUAAGUCAUAUUUUGACUAGUAUUACAUGAUGACGUCGGACUUGCCCAGUUGUAUUGAAUUAUUAUUUAUAAUUAUUGUGAAAGUAAUAAUAAGUAAUGUACCCCCUUAUUCAUAAUGGUCCGCUAACUUUAAACAGCCGCUUAGGAGUGUUUUUUCUCAUUCUGACUUAGGUCAAUAGAAGAAGACACAGUGAGAAUUAGUAAUGCUUUAAGUUAGCUGACUAUUAUGAAUAAGACGGCUAAGUAGACGGCUCCGCUGCCGUUCCGACCCCGCGCCGCUAAACUGUCACGCGACGUUGCCAACUCGCCGUCACAUGCGUGGCCGCCGCACCGUCAGUAUUCCUUCGUUUUAUUGUUAUGGCUUCUACGUUGCAGGCUCUUAUCGAUAAAUCAAACGCGCUUAAUGCGCGCGUCAAUCUAAUUUUAUUUUUAUUUACCUAAGAAUAUUGGAUUUGACUACGGAACGAGCAUAAUAUUUCAGUGGAGGAGAAAUUGGUCUACCUGGACUAGCCCUAUGGAAAAGUUAAAAGAAAUCUGCGUGAUCUUUGGAACUGAGGUAUCCAUAUGAUGCAAGCACUAAUAUUAUGUAUCUCGUAAUCUCUGAUUUAUUUUUCUUACAUAAAUUCAAAAUUGCGCGUCUGAUACAUCAUACAAGUGAUGGCUAGCAAUAGUAGUGUUACAAGAAGUGUGGCAAAUUCAAGUAAUAGCAAAAUGGCGACGUCGGCCUCUAUACAUAUUAAAUAAUAACUUGUGGAAGAGUGGCGACAGCGCCGUCUACAGGCGUUAGAGGAUUUAAGAAUAAAUAUCUCUAUUAAAGUUAUUUAUUAAUCCGUCUAUCCGAAUUUUACUGUAUUUAUAAAUAAACAUAUAGCGGAUAUAAAAUACCUACAUAUCUUGCUGUUGGUCUCUAUUGCUAAAAUUAUGUACGUAAUAUUUUACUAAAUUCUAAUAGGCGCUUGAAGCACAGUUUUAUUUUAUAGUUGUGUGCUAUGAAUAGAGCAAAGCUUAUUCCAGUGUGUUCUUCUCGUCGUAGUUUUUGUUGAUUUAAUGUUAACAAUGCUCACUUCAUUCAUAGCGAUCUAUUUUUAGGAAAAAGACUACAUAAUAAUUAAGCUGCUGUAAAAAUUUUACUUGUUUGUUUUGAGUGCUUCUUAUAUCUUGAUAUAGUCUAAAAAUUCGUUUUUUCAGUUUGCUGCAAAAACAUGAGUAGUUAAGUCUGAAUAAAUGAAUCUGCAACUAGUAUUGAUUUGAAUUAAGUGAAUCUCUUAAGUUAUACGUUGAAUUGUUUGAAUAACUGCAUCGUCCUUGUCUGUUACAGAAAAUCUAUAAAUUAAUUGGUUAACAUUCUAAAAUUUUUUUAUACUAGUACUAAAUGUUUAUCUUUCAUUUUAAUAAACUGUAACACCUCGUACAAUUAAAAUAUUGAGCUUGACAUGAGAAUGUUAUUAGAUAUUAUGUGAUAAUAACCCACCUUAAUUAUAUCGUUAUUAAAUUAUGUUUAAUUAUUAGUUGUUGGAUUAUGUCCUGUAUAAUUAGUAUUGUGAUAAGGUGGAAUAUUGUUAAUUAUAUUUUAGUCUUCA